CCUGUGGAGGGCCGGGGAAUGCUGGGCUUUGCUGAUGUAACGGGCUCCCUGCACUUUUCAUUCAGAUCUGGUUGGCUGCAAGCUGGCAGAGAGCCUGAGCGACGCCUCCAACUCCGAUGAGGUCAUCCCAGCUCCCUUUUUUGGCUACUACAGGCAAGAUCUGCGCUGCCUCAGCAUUAAGGUCAGCUCGCUGCUCCCCCGGGAAAACUGAUGCCUCUAGGAAGCCCCCUGCCGCCCUUCCCCCAAGCCCAGCCCCCGCGAUUCCCUUAAAGCCGGAGCCGGAGGGGAUUGACCGCAGUGGAUGCUCUCGUUUGCUCGGAUGUGAAUGCUGUUUGCGAGUCGGUUGCAAGAAAUCGCGGAGCUGCUAGUGCCCGGCGCCCGCCUAACUAGGGCCAGGGCUGAGGCAACUCCCGAGCUGGCUCAGCCCGCUCCUCAAUUCGUAUCCACCCCACCCCAUCCCCGGGCGGGGAUGCAUCGGCCCCGCAGGGAGCGGCGCGGGCUCCAUCAGCUCUCGGUCCCCGGAGACUGGCUCCUGCGGGACAAGCGGCUCCCGAAGUAGGGGUUGCAGCUCGCCCCACGCUCUGAGUGGCGGGAAGAGCAAGGGUUUCCCGCGCUGGGCGCGCUCCAGCCCGCCCUUCAGCACUCGGGCAGCUCCCUGCACGCCGGGCCGGAGACAAACUCCUACGGAUGCGAUGGCAGAGUAACUCCAGGGCUCGCUGAGCAGCCCAGUGGCUGGCCUGGCCUGCGGCGCGUCCCUCUCCUCACCGGAGAGCCGGGCGGGAGCCGGAAUCCCGCCGCAGCUCCCUGCCGCGGCUUCCGAUGCCCUUUCGGCUCCGCAGGCUUCCCCGCACGCGGCCCGAGAAGAGACCCAGAGAGAAACUUCAGCACCCGGACAGCUGCCCUCGAGACGCGGGGACGGCAGCACCGCGGCGGGCUCCGCUCCCCGGCCCCGCGGGUGCGUCAAGCCAAGCCCGGCCCGGGUUUCGCUCCCCACCUUUGGGAGCGGGGACCCCGGGAGGGUGAGGGCAGCGACCUGGACCUGGUUCCACCCGCGCCAGCAGAGCGAUGGGGAGCUGACCUUCCUCCGCCGGCCGCGCGGCUCCGCAUUCGGGUGCUCCGUGUCAAUGCCUUCUUCGGCCGGGAGUCUUCGUCUCUUUCGCUAGUUCAACCCCCCUCUCCCCGCAAAUUUUCUGGAGAAAGGGGGGCUGAUAUCUGUGCAAAGAGCCUGCCCUGUCUGUCGUUUGGAUUGGCGGCUCCAAGGCUGGAGGGUGCCUGGGCAGUGUAUUGUACCAAUGCAGCAACCCCGAUGAGCUGCAGCGUUAGAAAGAAACCCAGGAUUGACGCUGCUGUUGGGGGGUGAAACCCCCCCCCCAACUUUGGCAUCCGGGAAAAGCGUGUCUCUUCCCCCCCUCCCCACCCCCCAGCCAAGCUUCUCUCUUCGGCGACCGUAGAAAGAAAUUUCCCAUCCUAUGUAGCUGAGGGUAAAAGCGUACCCGGGGGGCAGCGCCACAUCUGGCAGGGAUUUGGGGGUUAAAAUCCAGUGUCCGCCGCAAUCAACAAUGGCAAAUGAACCGGUGAUUCUGAAUGUUUAUGACAUGUACUGGAUAAAUGAAUACACCUCUACCUUGGGGAUUGGAGUCUUCCACUCCGGCAUCGAGAUCUACGGCAGAGAAUUUGCCUAUGGAGGGCAUCCUUAUCCUUUCAGUGGGAUUUUCGAGAUCACACCUGGCAGUGCGGUAGAGCUUGGCGAGACCUUUAAGUUCAAAGAGUCCGUUGCUUUGGGCACCACUGAUUUCACAGAAGAGGAUGUGGAUAAGAUUAUGGAGGAGCUGGGCAAGGAGUACAAGGGCAACGCGUACCAUCUCAUGCACAAGAACUGCAAUCACUUUUCCACUGCUCUGGCAGAGAUCCUGUGUGGGAAGGAGAUCCCCCGUUGGGUGAAUCGCCUAGCCUACUUCAGCUCGUGCAUCCCUUUCCUCCAAAGUUGCCUCCCCAGGGAGUGGCUGACCCCAGCAGCCCUGCAGACCCACAUCAACCUCGGCCUCCACAAGGAAGAACAGGGAGACACGACAGAUGAGGAGUCCCCAUCCACUUCUGCGGCUCCCUCAGCCUCAGGCACCUCGAGAACCUGUAGGCAUACCCGGGUCUAAGCUGUGCCCAACAUGCUCCCUUCUCUCGCUCUCUGGGUUUCAUUUCCUCUCUUACAGCAGCUUUCUUUCUCCCUCUUUUCUUCGCCCAAGAACAUUGAGGGAAACCCCCUUUAAUGAGAAGACGAGCUCUUGAUCCUUCUCGAAGGGUUGUCACUACUGUUGCUUGGCAAAAUGACGCUGAACUAUAGCAUUGUGCUGACAAGUGUGGUGGCUAACCUGGAUUCUCCUCUCAAGGCCCCCUGUGCUCCUUGAUCCACAGAGAACUACUGACUUUCUGGGCACGAGAGCAUGGGACUAGAGGAGAACCAUACCAGGAAGUUCCUUGGCUGGAACUGUUUUUAUUCUUUUAUCUCCCCCUCUCUCCCCUCUCCAGUUCUGUCAAAGCUGCCCCCCACCUACAGCAUACCUCCUGGACAUACCAAAUGAAGGAAGCAGAACCUCAGCUUGACUUUCUCAUCUCUAAGACCAGCAACAAGCUCCUACCUAUCCUCUUUUUUGUAAUUACAAGGUUUCUAAAUCAUUCAAAGGACAAGUGAAAGGUAUUGCUGUUGUAUGACCACCAGUUUUCUGUGUUAGAAUUUGAGAUUAGAGGACUGCCCCCCCGCCAACAACAAUACCACAAUUACCUAGAAAACAAAUGUAUAAUGGUGGUUUUUAUUUGGUUACAACAGGGGCGGGGGUUAAUGCUUGGGGGUAGCUACUAAGUAGAUGCAGGGGUGGCCUUUGAUGGAUUGGUUCUCUUAGUUUCCGUACCCAAGUCACCAGUUUCACAUCCCUGGUUUGCUGUUUCCCUUCCUUUUCAGUGGGGUGUUAAGUCUGUCUUCUGGCUGGCUAGCCAGCUGCCUCUGGCAACCUGUGUUUUGUGGAGGGACUUCUGGAGUGAGAGGAUGGUCAGAGGGAAUCCCUUGGGCAGACUGCUAUUUCCUGCAGUCUUUCUCCCCAGAACCACAGAACCAAACAUAUGGGUCCCUUAGCAGCCAUCUACCCAGUCUACAUUUAAAGCCAAGCCAGGAAGGCAAAAACUAUCUAGACAGAGAAUAAACCAGAAGAAUUGACAUUUGUUCCCCUGCCUCAGAGGCUGUUUUGGGAUGGAGAGGGUAGCUUGGAAUCCUGUCAGGAAGCAGAGGUUGCUGCCCCAUGUACAUCCCCAUGGCAUCUUUUGUUACAUAACACUCUCUUUAUUUCAGUCAUUUGCGAUAGAAAAGGGGCAAGGCUGGUUGACCAACCACCCCAGCAUUGGUUCAUAGAUGUAUUAUGCCCAUGAUAAUGGUUUCUAUGCUGGGGGGCAGGUGGAGAAGGGAACAGGUAUGCCAAUUCCAUUAUUCAAUCACCUAGCCAGGAAUUAUGUUCAGUGACUACACCAGCAUGGGAAGGGAACAUCUAGGUCCCUCUUCCCCCACCAUGCAGCUAUGCAGAAGAGGAAGACAAAAGAGCCUGAGGAUGCGUGUGUAAUGUAUUGAUUUAGGGCCUGAUUCCUGGAAGCACUGCGCUCCAGCUGAAGGCAGGAGGAGCUAUCGGUGCUCAGUGCCUCUGAAAAUCAGCCUCUUAGUGUGAAUAAUCCUGUCUCCAGCCACAGUGAGAAUAACAGACUGCUAAUUACAACCAGCUAAGCAAGCUACUCCAUUAGCUCAAGUUUACAGAAAUUGUGGGCCUGGUAUUGAAAGUCCUGGGUUUGAUCCCCACUGAUAUGCCUGGUGUCUGUACAUACGUGGUCUCAGUUUGUUACGUGUGUGUGUAU